AUGCGCUUCACUCUUACUGCUCUCGUGGCCCUGGCCGCCACUGCCUUCGCGCAGAACCCGGACUUCAACCCCGUCACCAAGCCCCUCAAGGACGAGGUUCUCACCGCCGGCUCGACCUACACCAUCGAGUGGCAGCCCCCGGUUCGCACUGCCGCCAAGUACGCCGACGCCAUCGUCAACAUUCGUCUCAUCGGCGGCGCUACUCAGGAGACUCAGGUGCCCCUCGACACCAUCGCCACUGGUGUCAAGAACUCGGCUCUCCGUUAUGAGUGGAAGAUCAGCUCUGCUCUCGGUGACAAGGCUGUGUACGGCCUUGUCAUCGAGGUUGCCAGCGACACCACGGUGUUCCAGUACUCCAACCGGUUCCACAUCAAGGGCAAUGGCAAGACGACCGGCAGCGCCACUGGCAGCGCAACUGGCACCGCUUCCGCCACCCUGACCACGUCGCACGGCACCAAGACGAUCACGCUGUCCUCGAGCCCUGUGCCCACGUCGACCACGACCACGCACGCUCAGCACAACACCACCACGUCUACCACUAUCCGCAAGACCACCAGCUCGGUGCCCAGCAACUCGACGACUCUCACCACCAAGGCUGCCAGCUCGACUGGCCCCGUUGUCAUCACCAGCACCGCCAUCGUCAACCCGUCCAAGACGACGGGCGCCACGGUUGUCCCCACUGCCGGUGCCUCGCUGGUUGGCGCUGGCUCCCUCAGCGUCGUUGCUGGUGUCUUCGUCGCCCUUAUGGCCAUGUAA